ACACAAACACACACACACACAUACUCUCUUUCUGUGUGUGUUUGACAAAACACGCGCCAGUCAAAACCCCCGGUUUCAUUAGUUUCAUUCGAUCAGAUCAAAAGAGCGGUCAGUAGUCUGAUAGCCGGAAAACUUCCGUUUCUAAUCGGAGCACAUUGCCGGAGGAAACUUUUCUGAGCUGAUUAUUAUUAUUCUAUCGAUCAGAAGCAGUAUGGUACAAAGACGUAUAUAGAAUUAUAAACAGCAGCUGUUGAUGAGAGAAGCUAAAUCAUGGAGGAAUCUAUUGACGAAAAGAAGGCUUUAUAUUGAUUGGGGACUUUAUGGAAUCAAUAUGAAACCGCUCUUGGGGGCUGCCUGUAUCAUAAUGCUGUAUUUUGUAUAUAGAAUCACAAAUUAUCAGUAUCUGCAAACAGAGUUGGACUCGAGAUUGGAUUCACUCUAUACCUCAAAGGAAUAUGCAAUAGCAUCGACAAGCUUGAAGGGUUUACCUCAUGGUAUUAUUGAAGCUAAAUCCGACUUGGAAUUAAAGCCUUUAUGGUCAACAAGUAGUUCAAGGUUGAAGGGUGAGCGUUCCAGUACACAUAACUUGCUAGCAGUUCCAGUGGGUCUCAAACAAAAGCGUAAUGUUAAUACUAUUGUUCAAAAGUUUCUUAGAGAAAAUUUUACGGUUAUCUUAUUCCAUUAUGACGGAAAGGUCGAUGGCUGGCGUGAUCUUCAGUGGAAUAACAAGGUUAUACAUAUUGUAGCUCAGAACCAAACAAAGUGGUGGUUUGCAAAACGGUUUCUGCAUCCAGCUGCUGUUUCAAUUUAUGAUUACAUAUUCCUCUGGGAUGAAGACCUAGGAGUGCAACAUUUUAAUCCCAGAAGGUACUUGAGUAUUGUUAAAGCAGAAGGAUUGGAGAUAUCACAGCCAGCUUUAGAUCCAAAUUCGACGGAUAUACAUCAUCGGAUCACUAUACGGAAGAGAACAAAUAAGUUUCAUAGGAGAGUGUAUGACAGCAGGGGCAGUGUGAAAUGUUCAGAUGAUAGUGAGGGGCCACCAUGUUCUGGAUUUGUAGAAGGAAUGGCUCCAGUUUUCUCCAGAGCCGCCUGGUAUUGUGCUUGGCAUCUUAUCCAGAAUGACCUUGUUCAUGGAUGGGGAAUGGAUAUGAAACUUGGGUAUUGUGCACAGGGGGACCGCUCGAAGAAGGUGGGAGUUGUUGAUAGCGAAUAUAUUGUUCACCAGGGAACACAAACAUUGGGCGGGGCAUCUGCUAAAAAGACCUCUGAUAGUGUGGAGUUGUUGAAGAAACAUGCUGUUGAUGUGCGAGCUGAAAUAAGGAGGCAAUCGACAACCGAGCUUCAAAUAUUUAAACAGAGAUGGGAGAAGGCAGUGAAAGAAGACACAGCCUGGGUGGAUCCAUUCUAUAGAAGAAAACAGAGAUGAACCUCGAGUCAUUGACUCGGGAGCUAGUUUUGACCGUGUGGUUUGUUUAGGUUAGUGUAGAUUAGUAACAUUAUAUGACAUGAAAAAUACAAUAUUUCUUGCACUUGAAAUGCUGGUAGCAUGAUCAAUGUGAAGCUCAUUUCAUAUCAUCACACAAA